AUGGAUCCCAGAUACGGUAGUCCGAGAGCUGUUGACGCCAUAGAUCCCACGUCCUCGUACGAUGCAUGGCCUACGUUACCUUCUACGCGACCUGAAAGUCGUAGAUGUCGCCUCAGUCCCUGCUGUAGACGCUUAUCAUGGACUGCUGUUAGCAUUUUGGAGAUCGUGCUUAUGAUUUUAACGGUUGUCUUUUACUUCUUCUUGCCGAAAACAUAUUUAACUCAAAUUCUUCCCGCUGCCACAGGAGAACAGUCUGAAAUUAACGAGUUUUCGGAAUGGAUCUUGCGGAUGUUUGCAAGCAUGGUUUGCGUUCAGGUUAGCAAAGUAAACAGCUCAAUCUAUCUGAAAUUUAACACAGACUUACGUGUUUUUUAGAGUAACGAAUGAUGAGUUGUUCACUUUAUCAUUUACUUCUUAUAUUUGUAACUCGUACUGAUGUACAUGCAAUUAACAAGUGCCUGAAUUGCAAAUUAUUAAUAGUUAAUAAUGGUUAUUGCAAAAGCUUUAGAUCGUCCUUUUCGAAACUAAAAGUCACUUAAAUCGCUGGUUUCGCAUCCUUUAUUUCAGUGAACAUGCUAAUACGUUUUCAUUUUUAACAUUUUUUUUAUCAGGAUUGUGGGAUAAAUAGUUUGGAAGGUUGCUUGUCCCAAGUUUAUAUUUGUUUUGCUUUGUUGUUGCAAGUUGAUACUCUAGAAAUAACUUGUCAAAAGCUAUUUCUGUAUUGCUACUCUUCCUCACGAUUCACUCGUGACUUAAUCAUUGGAGUAACUAUAGUAAAUUGCAAGUGAAGUUAUCUACUCAUGUGAUCACUUACGUUAAGUGAAAAACAUGUUUUUUUAACUGAAGUGUUGAUAGAUGACCUAGCUGGGAGGUCAGGGGUGGAUCCAGGAUUUUUUUAGGAGGGGGUGCACUCAUCUCCUGCUCUACUUCAACACCAAUAAACCACAUAGUUUUUUUUUGCAGAAUACCAGUUGUAUUAGAAAACAGCAGGUCAUCUCAGGGGGGGUGCGCAUCCCCUGCAGCCUCCCCCUAGAUCCGCCCCUGGAGGUGGUUGACCCCUUGUGUGCUGUGGCUUUUCUUUUUGUUGGAUGUAUUGUGAUUCUUCAACUCCUUUAUCGUUAAAAAAUUAUUAUCAAGGAGAUGCUUGGAAAAAUGCCUUAAGGAGUAAUUGCAGAAUACCCGCCCACUCAAAAGCUGGACCCAAAGAACGUAGUGGGCUUAAAGAUUGAUGCAUUAAAGAAGUGGCUAUGUGGCCACAUGGCUAUGAAGGUACAUAGCGUAAUGGCUUAUCGAGCAUAGCCGCGUAGCUGCUGUUUUUGCCAGGUAUUCUCUGCAGUUAAACCAGAUUUUGAGAAACUGCUUGAUUCUCCUUCGAAAUUGUGUUGUAAUUUUGUUGUGAAACAAAAGGAUGUUUUGACAUUGCAACAACAGCUUCUUACUCAACACAUACCCUAAUUAAUGAAGAUAAAACUAAGGAAAUAAGGAGAUGCCCUCCCCUUGAUCCUCCACAGUUAACAUGAGUAAUAUUGUUCAUCAUUAUCUUAUAAUUCUCAAUGAAUAUCAGUGCAAAGGAAUACAGUUAUUAGUUGUUUUUUUUCCCACAAUUUUUAACUAUUUUACUGUUUCAGAUUACUCUUCUCAUCGCUGGCAUUGGUUGGGGAGACACCACAAGCCGGAAAAUCAUCUACUGGGGAAUGUUGACUGGCGACAUUCUACUAAUUGCAAUCCAAUCAGCAUUUGUGCGCAGCAUGUCAGAGUGGCAUGGCGUUAAUAUUGCAAUUGUUACAGUGGCCUCAGCAUUUGGAUUAUUUAGAAUAAUCACCUUAAUCUUCAAUCCAAGUUGGUGGCUGUGGGUUCCAGAACCUAACUUUUGA